UCGACGUUCCCGCACCUCCUUUCGAUCUCGUACCUCCUUUCGACGUUCCCGCACCUGCUUUCGACGUUCCCGCACCUGCUUUCGAUGUGCCUGCACCUGCUUUCGACAUUCCCGCACCUGCUUGCGAUGUUCCCGCACUUGCUUGCGACGUUCCCGCACCUGCUUUCGAUGUGUUUUCGCGUCUGUUUUAUGUUUCAAUUACCUGCAGUUUCAAUCUGUAUGGGCGCUCCCAGUGUAAUACCUAACAAUAUGAUCAUAUUUUAUGUUAUCUGAGCAUAUUCCGAGACCCUAGUGUGAAGUGUGC